AUGACUGGACGUCUCGAGGACAAAGUUGCCGUUAUCACGGGGAGUUCAAGUGGCAUCGGGAGGAGCAUUGCACUAAUGUAUGCUGCGGAGGGAGCAUAUGUUGUAUGUUCGGAUAUUGACCCUGUGCCCAAAGGCGACGCUGGCAAACCAACCCACGAGGCAAUCAAUGAGACACAUCAUGUCGCUGCUGGCGGAAAAUCAGAAACCCGGGCCAUAUUCGUCAGGGCAGAUGCUUCCGUUUCUGACGACUUGGAGAAUCUAGUUAAGGAGUGUGCGAAAGCGUUUGGGAGAUUGGAUAUAAUGGUCAACAACGCCGGAAUAAGUCCCAUAGGCCUCCAACCUCCUGGUGCCCGUAUCCACGAAACCCCAGAGGCAUCUUGGGAUAAGAUUAUGGGUCUUAAUGGGAAGGGAGUCUGGCUUGGUUGCAAGUUUGCUGCAGUGCAAAUGCUCUCCCAAGACCCGCACUCAAGCGGUGAUAGAGGCUGGAUUAUCAACAUGACAUCUGUCCUCGGAACGGUCGGUUCACCAGGCUCAAGCACAUAUACGGCAUCUAAACAUGCCGUAAUUGGUAUCACGAAGAGUAUAGCGCUGGAGUAUGGAAAGGAUAGGAUUCACGUAAACGCCAUCGCCCCCGGCUUUGUCGAGACUCCUCUACUCGCGCCCUUCGCAAAUGAGAACAGUGAGGACCCGCAUCUGAAAGCAGUCCACUCCAUGCUAGUUUCUCUGCAUCCAUUCGAUUCGAGGCUGGGUAAAGCGGAAGAAAUCGCGGGUGCAGCAGUGUUUUUGGCUUCCAAGGAUGCUGCAUGGGUGACCGGAGCUACGUUGCAGGUGGAUGGAGGAUAUGUGGCGCAUUGA